CUAGAUAGAUACUUCUGGAAUUGUAUUUGUUACUAUUUCACAAAAAUGAUAAAUACCACAAAUGCAGCACCACGCAUUUGAUUACGAAAUUUAAUUUGAGACACAAAUGAUCGAUCUCUCUUCCAAAGCUGUCAACAUGAAGAGAAGAGCACAUAAGACUAGGCGCCAACUUCAGGCAGAAAAAGAGAAAACUGCCAAACAACUUGUAGAAAAAGCAAAUGCUCUAAUAGAUCCUCUUGCCACUCUAGAAUGUUUUCACAAAUACAAAUCCAAAGACGGAGUUUUAAUUGAGGUCACAUGUCAGAGGGUUACAGAUUUGUCAAAACAGACUGUAUCUUGGAUUCUCGAUCUCAUGGAACGCAACAUGAAGCAAAUGUACGAGCAGUCCGCGUGGGGUUGGGAUCUCGUGGCUAAACAGACUGAAUUACUAGAACCAGCUGCUUGGUAUUUAGUGGCAUCUGCUGACGACAUACCAAUCGGUUUUUCGCACUUCAGAUUUGAUAUAGACUAUGGUGUAGAAGUUCUGUACUGUUAUGAAAUACAGCUUGAGCCAUCAUCCAGGCGCAGAGGAUUAGGCCGUUUUAUGAUGCAAGCAUUGGAAUCAAUGGCCUUUCAAACCCAAAUGCAAAAAGUUGUUAUGACUGUCUUCAAACACAAUCCCGCAGCAAUAUCGUUUUCUCAUUCACUUGGGUAUUCAAAUUGUAUUAUUAUUAUUAUUCAAACUUUACAAAACUAUGUUUCAGUUGAACAAACUUUGACCAUCACAAUAGUAUUGCAUAACAUAAGACCCAUCGUCAUUUCAGGUACCGGCUUGACAGUACGAACCCUUAUACCACAGAAAAGGUACAUUACAUCAUUCUUAGCAAACAAAAUUUGGGCAUCGUCAACCCUAAGGUAGACGAAACUCAUUCCAUCAAAUAACAAUGCAUGAAAACUAAGAUUGUGCCCGAUGAAAUAAGAUCGGCAGUAUUUCGUGUGGACACAAAUUAAUUAUUGGGGAUUUCAAAGAUGGUCCAACACUAGUGAAGGUCAGCGGAGCUUCACUUAUUGUCCAAUCUCCCAUGUCUCCGAGGAACUUUCUUAAAUCAACUUCUCCAUCGUCUAAUACUUUAGUCCGAUGUACGAAAGACUUAUCACCCCAGCAGAGAUCCAACGCUUGCCUAUGCAGGACCAGUCCCAUACCUUUGCCAGCCCCUUCGGGAACUGGGAAAACUCUCAAACUGGCUAUGUCUAUAUCGGCAGGAAAA